AUGGCCGUGUUGUAUUUCUUCCGUGAACCGAAAACAAUAUUCGACUGUGCUGGUUUCAUUUGCUGUUUGCAGUUCAUUAUGGGCUGCAAUGGAUUCAGUGUUAUAGGGUCGCGAUUCAAGAUCAACCUCUGGAGAAGGAUAUACUCCCUCUCGGUGGCCAUUUUCGCCCUAUUCGGUCUUUUUGGUUCCUUGCUGGCCCUUCUAGCAGCUGAGGAUUUAAAAGAGCGCAUUGAAAAGGCCGACAAUCUUGUGCUGAGUAUUUCAGUUUUGGAGUUGGUCAUGUCCACCUUGGUCUUCUUGGGCACUGUAUUGUCCCUGCAAAUAUCUGCACGCCAACAUUUGGGAAUCUAUCUAAGAUUGGCUGCCCUGGAUGACAGGCUUGUAAGCCACUUUGGAGCCAACCUUAACUAUAGAAAGAUGAUGAGGAAGAACAUUGUUGUGCUUGGACUGGUCUCCCUAAUAUAUAUGGUGGCCAUUAACAGUGCCGCCAUCCUAGUGGGCAAUGGUCACCGAGCUCUCUUUCUGCUUUUUGCCUUGUGCUAUACAAUAGUCACGGGAGGACCUCAUUUCACUGGUUAUGUGCACAUGACUCUGGCCGAGAUGCUGGGCAUACGUUUCCGGUUGUUGCAGCAAAUGCUUAGCCCGGAGUUUCUGAAAUGGCGCUUUCCCCAGAUGAAUGUUCGAGAAAUACGUAUACGCCAGGUGGUGUCUAUGAUCCAGGAGCUGCACCAGCUAGUCCAGGAGAUCAAUAGGGUGUACGCCUUUAGCCUGUGGUUAGCCAUGGCCCAUGACCUGGCCAUGAGCACCAGUGAGCUGUACAUCUUGUUUGGCCAGUCCGUGGGAAUAGGUGGAGGCGUCCAGCAGGAUGAGGACAAUGAGGAAAGAAUCACAAGCUUUCGAAUGCUGGGAUAUAUUGCUCUUUGCAUGCUGCCACCGCUCUACAAGCUCCUGAUUGCACCUUUCUACUGCGAUCGAACCAUUCGUGAGGCAAGGAAAUGUCUUCGCCUCGUCGAGCAGCUGGACAAUUGGUUUCCCGAGAAGAACUCGAUGCGACCUUUAGUGGAAUCUUUGAUGGCUUGGAGGUUGCAGGCCAAGAUUCAGUUUACCGGUGGCAUGGAUGUUGUUCUCAACCGCAAGAUAAUUGGCCUGUUCACAUCGAUCCUGGUCAACUAUCUGCUUAUCCUCAUUCAGUUCGCCAUGACCCAGAAGAUGGGCGAGCAAAUCGAACAGCAGAAGAUUGCACUGCAGGAGUGGAUUGGAUAUUAA